AUGGAGAAGAAGCUAGUCGAUGUGAACGAGUGUGAGGAGACCAAUGGAGGCUGUGAGGCUCUGUGCUGUAACACCAUAGGAAGCUUCUACUGCCGCUGUCCUUCUGGACAAUUACUGAGCGAAGAUGGUAAAACAUGUAAAGAUAUCGAUGAAUGCCAGGUCCACAAUGGAGGCUGCCAGCACAGAUGUGUUAACACCAGGGGCUCCUCCUACUGCGAGUGUCACCCGGGCUCUCGUCUGCAUGUGGACGGCCGCACCUGCCUCGCUGUCCAUUCAUGUGCCAUCAGCAACGGGGGGUGUGAACAGUACUGUGUGCAGCAGUCCGCCGCUCACUUCCGCUGCCGAUGCAAACCAAACUACAUCUUGGCCGAGGACGGCAAGCACUGCAAACUGCAGAACCCGUGUGCCGAUCAGAACGGAGGCUGCGCGCACGUCUGUCAAGUCGAUGGUGGCAAAGCUCACUGUGACUGUAAGCCCGGUUACAUCCUGGCUGAAGACAGGAAAACCUGUGAAGAUAUUGACGAGUGUGCGAUUGAAGAAGCAAACUGUGCUCACGGCUGCCACAACACCCUGGGCUCCUUCGCGUGUGUCUGUCACACUGCCUAUGAGCUGGGGUCCGAUGGGAAACAGUGUUACAGAAUUGAGAUGGAGAUCGUGAACAGCUGUGAGAACAACAACGGCGGCUGCUCGCACCACUGCCAGCAUUCGACCAGCGGGCCUGCCUGCUCCUGCAACCAAGGUCACAGACUGGAUGACGACCUUAAAACCUGCCUCGACGUGGACGAGUGUGGAGAGCAGAGCUCCUGCUGCGAGCAGGACUGCACCAACUACCCUGGAGGUUACGAGUGCUACUGCUCCGCGGGAUACCGGCUCAACUCGGACGGAUGUAGCUGUGAUGACGUAGAUGAGUGUCUGGCUGGCAAUGCCGGCUGCGACCACACGUGCCAGAACAGCGCGGGUUCUUUCCAGUGCUUCUGCCGCCGGGGUUUCCGUCUGGACGACGACCGGCAAUCCUGCAUCCCGCUCGAAGAUGCAGUUGAGGCCCUGUCCAGCGGGGGUCCCAUCGAGCUGCCACUCCUCCGCCCCCAGCUCACCUUGCUGCAGGACUACAACCAACCUCUGGAGCGCUACGACGACUACGAGGACGACGAGGGGGAGCUGAGGGCCGAGAGCAACCUGGCAGAGAAGUUUGUGUGUUUGGACGACACCUUCGGGAACGACUGCAGCUUGACGUGUGACGACUGCGCUAGCGGAGGAAAAUGCAACGUGUGGAAAAAUGGCUGCGACUGCCCCGAUGGAUGGACGGACAUCGUCUGCAACCAGACGUGCUCCGAGGGACAUUUUGGUAAAAACUGCUCCUUCCACUGUAAGUGUAAAAACGGUGCCAGCUGUGAUCCGGUCACCGGGAGCUGCCGCUGUCCACCAGGAGUCAGUGGAGACUUGUGUCAGGAUGGUUGUCCAAAGGGCUUCUACGGAAAGCAGUGCAACAAGAAGUGUAACUGUGCGAAUAACGGACGCUGCCAUCGAACCUACGGAGCCUGUCUGUGUGACCCAGGACUGUACGGACGCUUCUGCCACCUCCCUUGUCCUAAGUGGACGUUCGGGGCCGGCUGCUCUGAGGAGUGUCUCUGUGUCCAGCAGAACACUCGGGAGUGUCACCGGCGCCAUGGCACCUGCGUCUGUAAGUCUGGUUACCGGGGCAGCACCUGCAAGGAAGAGUGCGAACCCGGAACGUUUGGAUCCGGCUGCGAGAAGAAGUGCUCCUGUCCUCCUGGAGUGUCGUGUGACCAUGUGACCGGAAUGUGCCAACGAAAGUGUCCUCCUGGUCGCCAGGGGGAGAACUGUGAUCAAGACUGUCCAGAGGGAUGGUUCGGAGCGGGCUGCGUCCAUCCCUGCAACUGCACCAGCGCCCCCUGUGACAAGGUGACGGGUCAGUGCAAGUGUCCGGCAGGGACGACAGGAAAACACUGCGAGAACUUGUGUCAGGAGGGAUCCUGGGGACCAGGCUGCAGAGAGGCCUGCCCGGCUUGUGAGAACGGCGGCUCGUGUGACAAACACAACGGGUCGUGUAACUGUCCGGCUGGAUUCAUGGGACGACUCUGCCACGACGCGUGCCCAAGUGGACGUUUCGGUCAAGGCUGCCAGAUGAGGUGUGUGUGUGAGAACAGCGCUCACUGCGACCCGGUGACUGGACGGUGCACCUGCGCUCCCGGCUGGACUGGACACAACUGCAGGAAAGUUUGUGAUGUGGGACACUGGGGAGCCGACUGCGCCCAAACCUGCGACUGCAGAAACGGAGACGGCAGCUGUGACGCUGUGACGGGCCAGUGCAACUGUGAGGCUGGAUACACCGGGACACAGUGUCAUCACAAGUGUCCAGCAGGUAUGUUUGGUCUGGGUUGUCGUCACCGGUGUCAGUGCGACAACAAGGCGUUGUGCGACCAUGUGAGCGGAGCUUGUACCUGCCUGGUGGGAUGGACGGGGAGCUUCUGCGAAAAACCGUGUCCUCAGGGUUUCUAUGGCCUCGACUGUCAGGAGAAGUGUUUGUGUCUGAACGGUGGCAGCUGCGAUCAUGUCAGCGGAGUUUGUUCCUGUCCUGCCGGCUGGAUCGGUCCCUUCUGCAACCUGACUUGCCCCCCCGGCCUCUAUGGGGAAGCGUGUAACCAAACCUGUCGCUGCGGCAAUGGCGGCGGCUGCCACCCGGCCAGUGGGCAGUGUGUGUGCACGGCGGGCUGGACCGGACCCAGAUGCACAGAGGAAUGCCUAGCAGGGUUCUACGGAGCAGACUGCCGGCAGCGCUGCUUGUGUCAGAACGGAGCCUCGUGUAAUAAGACCAGUGGAAAGUGCACGUGUGCCAGUGGGUGGACUGGUACAGCCUGUGAACUGGAGUGUGUAGCGGGUCGGUUCGGGGCCGACUGCCAGCAGCAGUGUGAAUGUGAGAACGACGGGCAGUGUGACAGGCAGACGGGCCGGUGCAGCUGCCGUGCCGGCUGGACCGGAGAGCUCUGUGAGAGAGCAUGUGAAGCAGGCCUGUUCGGUGCUGGCUGCGAGGAGAGGUGCCGGUGUGUGCACGGGGUCUCAUGUCACCACGUCACCGGAGAGUGUCAGUGUCCACCGGGCUGGAGAGGAAAACUCUGUGACAAAGCGUGUUUGCCAGGUACGUUCGGGACCAGCUGUGUGCAGCAGUGCAGCUGUGCUCAGGGAACAUCCUGCCACCACAUCUCUGGAGAGUGUGGCUGUCCACCAGGAUUCACCGGCAACGGCUGUGAGCUCACUUGUCUUCCAGGAACAUUCGGUCAGAACUGUAACCACGUCUGUCAGUGCUCUCAGACAAACCAGCUCUGCCACCCGGUGUCCGGAUCCUGUUACUGCGCCCCAGGUUUCCAAGGUCCCAAAUGCGAGCAAGCCUGUGGAGAGGGCCGUUAUGGUCCUAACUGCGAGAGGCAGUGCAAGUGUGUGAAUGGAGGGAAGUGCGUUCCUUCCACUGGAGCCUGUGAAUGUCCAGCAGGGUUCAUAGGAGCACGCUGCAACAUCACGUGUUCAACCGGGCGUUAUGGCAUCGACUGUGCUCGGGUGGCCACGUGUGGCGAGGGGGCCAAGAAUGACCCGGUCACUGGUCGGUGUGUGUGCCUCCCUGGACGGAGAGGAGAGGACUGUGGGCAGAGUUGCCCUCCAGGCUGGUUCGGGGCGGACUGUGCCCAACGUUGCAACUGCAGUAAUGGAGGAGUGUGUGAGUCAGUAACUGGUAACUGUACCUGUGGUCUGGGCUGGACCGGCGCACACUGCGACAGAGAAUGUCCCGUGGGCCGAUUUGGUGCCAACUGCCAGUUGAAAUGCAAGUGUCAAAAUAACGGCACGUGUGACAGAGUGACGGGGACGUGUCAGUGUGGUCCAGGCUUCUAUGGACAUCUGUGUGAACAUGCCUGUCCUCCUGGUCUCCACGGCCCUCUGUGCCGGCUGCAGUGCGACUGUGUGAACGCAGCCUCCUGUCACCCUGCGUCCGGCCUCUGUGUCUGUCCUCCAGGAUAUUACGGAGCCCGCUGCCACAGAGUGUGUGAACAGGGAACUUUCGGUCUGGGAUGUGCUAAAGUGUGCGACUGUGAGGACGACUCUCCGUGUGACCCGGUGACGGGACGAUGUCUCUGCUCCUCAGGGAGGACGGGACUCAGAUGUGACAUCGACUGCAGAGCAAAUCACUACGGCCCGGACUGCUCUGAGAUCUGCGAGUGUCAGAACGGAGCCCGAUGCGACCGACGCAACGGCCGCUGCAGCUGCGUGCACAGCUGGAUCGGCCUCUCCUGUCAGGAAGGUGGACCUCCACGUGUCACCUAUGGGAGCAGCAGCAGAGGAGACUCACAACACAACAACUCAUAGCAUCUACCUGAAAGACUCCACCUGAAACUGAGACAGUGAUGUUCUUCUUACUGACGUGACUCGGGGGAGUGGACGGGAGUCGAGGCAGCUGGAGGAUCUUCAUGGAAAUAGACUCUCUGAUGAGAACUGCAGCUCCAUGUUUGGACCUGAGCUGGGCGAUACUUCAUUUUUUUUGUAUUUUGGAACCAAAGUGACCUUUGAACUGAUCGACUCUGCGGCGUGAGCCUGACCUGUCACCGGAGCUUUGUGAGCUUCUUGAGCUCAAAGUGGAAUGACACCAGUAAAUUAAAACAGCUUCAGUCUUCAGGAGGAGAACUACUUCCCAACUGGAAAUACCACAGUUUCAGUCCACAUCCUUUUUUCAGAUUGUUAUUAGGUCAACACGAUCUAAUCAAUUAAUCUUUGUGUCCAGGUGAUGACUGGUCAGAAUUUGAAGAAAGCAGUCAGACCUGGAGAAUCAUGUUCAAGAGGCCAAAACGGGUUUUGUGAGGUCCCCGAGACUUUGACCAUCAAAUCCUUCUCAGUUCAUUAGUGAGUCAAAGUGAACAUUUACACCAAAUUUGAAAAAAGUCCCUGAAGGAGUUCCUCAGAUGUGUAACAAGGCAAAUAUAGUGUUCUAUGAGAUCACAGCGACCUUGACCUUUGAUCACCAAAAUCCCAUCAGUUCUUUUUAAGUCAAACCAAAUGUUUGUACAAAAUUUUAACAAACGAUCUUUAGGCAUUCUUGAGAUAUGUUAACAAGAAUGAAACAGACGACCAGAAAGAACCACACCUCCAGCGACUGGCUGUCCCGGGUGCGGAGGCAUUAAAACGUCAGCAGUUUGUUUUUACUGCACUUUUAUAUACAAGUACCCACUGAAGGUAUUUUAUGGACAAAAGUUUCAACAAAAUAUCACAAUAAUCUCUUAAUUUUGUAAGAAAAUGGAAAAUAUUGUUGGAUGUGAUGCAGCCAUGUUAUAAAACUUGCCAGUUCAAUGAAGUUGUUUUUCAGUUUAUACCAAAUGAAGUUCUAGCCUCAGUCUAAUGGUGCUAAUGUGCUUUACCUACACAUGUUUAAUAGAAUAACACUCAAGCACAAUCUUGGAUUUUUUAUGGAAAUCACUUAAUUUACACAGCUAGCUUUCGAUGUCUAAAUAUUUUCUUUUGAAUUGAUUUUUGUGUAUAAGUUGCUUCAUAUUUAUAUUUAACAGUUGAAUAUACGUUAAACUUAAAAUGCUUUUUUUGUUUCCCACUGGAUGAAUGAGAUUCUGCAGCUCUGCCAAACACAGGGAGCAACCCACGAUCAGGUUUAUUCUUUUUAACGCACAGAUGCCAAAUAAA